AUGAAGGCCGCCGCCUCGACCCUGACGGCCUUGCUGUCCGCGUCCGCCACCGCGCAGUACGUGCUCAUGGACUUUGAGAAGAAGCCGCACAGCAACCUGCAGCGCCGUGCCUCGAGCGUCGAGUCCGACAUCUCCAACCUUGUACAGGACGGAGGCUACUUCAUCGAUGUCACUAUCGGAACACCCGGCCAAAAAUUCUCGCUCCAGCUCGACACGGGUAGCAGUGAUGUCUGGGUGCCCUCUAGCGGAUCCUCGGCCUGCCAGGCCAAGAGCGACAAAAUCACCAGACCCGGACAGAGCAACGGCUGCUCCAAAGGCUCCUUCACCUCAAGCAAGUCGAGCACCUUUACGACCUUGGGCGAGGACUCGUUUCAGAUUCAAUACGUCGACGAGAGCAGCGCAAAGGGCUCGUACUUUGUUGACGCCUUCCAAGUCGGCGGUAGCACCAUUCAGAAUCUGACCAUGGGUCUCGCCGAGGAGACCGACAUUCCCUUUGGCCUUGUAGGUCUCGGCUACAAGGGUAACGAGGCCUCUCUCCAGACGGUGCGCAAGACGUACCCCAACCUACCUAUUGCCAUGCAGACCUCAGGCAACAUCAAGACGAUCGCUUACAGCCUCUGGCUCAACGACCUCGACGCCAGCAAGGGUAACCUACUCUUUGGCGCUAUCGAUACGGAAAAGUAUCAUGGUGACCUGGCCCGCCUCGACCUUCUCUCCAACGGAAACCAGGUCGUCGAGUUCAGCGUCGCCCUUACCUCGGUCGCCGGCUACAGCUCGACGGGCUCCGACUCCUUCUCCUCGUCCAGCUUCCCCAUCACCGCCCUCCUCGACUCCGGCACCACCCUCUCCUACCUCCCCACCGACAUUGCCCAGCAGAUCUGGGAGGAAGUCGGCGCCGCCUAUGUCUCGAGCAUCAAACUCGCCGUCGUCCCCUGUGCCUACGCCACCAGCAAAGCCUACUUUUCGUUUGGCUUUGGCGGCAGCGACGGCCCGCGCAUCAAUGUCACCAUGGACGAGCUCGUCCUCGACCAGGCCGGUGUCACCAUGUCCAACGGCAGACACAAGAGCGUCCCUGCCUGCACCUUUGGCAUCCAGGCCCAGUCUUCUUCUAGCGACGGCUCUUCAAACACGUACCUGCUUGGCGACACCUUCAUGCGCUCCGCCUACGUCGUGUAUGAUCUCGAGAACAACCAAGUCGCCAUUGCCCCGACAAAAUUCAACGCGUCCGCAUCCAACGUCGUUCCCUUUGGCUCUAAAAGCGCUACCAUUCCCUCCUCGACCCCUGUUCCGGGUGCCAACACGACCCAGAGUGGCAGCAGUGGAACGUCCAGCGCGCCCGACUACGAGGCUAGCCCCGGUUUCCAGGAGGAGAACGGGGCGGCCACCAUCGGCCUCUCUGCACUGGGUCUUGUAGCCGUCUCCAUGUCGACCUUUUUCGCCAUCUUUGCCAGUGCCUUUUGA